AGCGCAGCGCUGCGCAAUUCCCCGUCCAGGCUAUACGCUUUGCUAUGGGCUUCUCCGCACGACAUUUCUCCUCAUGAACUGACUGACACCUGAGACUUGUCGCCCACAUCCCGCAUCCCGCUGAUCCUGGGUAUAUACUAGCUGUAUGGAAAAAUGGCCGACAUUCCACAGAUAAUCAAAAUUGGGAUUUCCAUGAAGAUGCUUCCCAACAACACCGCGGUGUACUUCAAAUCUGACGGCGCCCGGUUCGGACAGACCCGGACCAUCAAGCUGCUGACCGGAUCCAAGUACAAAAUUGAGGUGGUCAUUAAACCUGGAGCGGCCGAGGCCACGUCAAUGAGUGUGGGUGGGGUGACCUUCGCCCUGGAGCAGCAGUCUAAAGAUCCGCAGUCAGUGAUCUAUACCGGCCAGUACGACACAGAGGGGGUGGCACACACCAAGAGUGGAGAGAGGCAACCUGUUCAAAUCAGCAUACAGUUCCCAGAAGCGGGAAUGUUUGAAACAGUGUGGCAGGUGAAGUAUUACAACUACAACAAGAGGGACCACUGCCAGUGGGGAAACAGCUUCAACAGCAUCGAGUAUGAAUGCAAACCCAAUGACACGCGUACACUCAUGUGGGUCAACAAGGAGAUGUUUGUGUGACGGAGAGGACCAGACUGACGGAUUCAGUGUGUGUACUUUGCAAAAACACAAGCUGUGAUGUUUGUAACCCUCAGUAUGUCGUGAUGUUGCUAAAUGGAUGUAUGUAUUUGUCCUCCCUUCCAUAUCUACUGUCACUCUACUUCACUGAACUUUUUUUUUGGCUUUAUUGUAGUCUUUACUUCAAUACCAAUAUCAGAAUAUUUAAAGAUUGUGCUCUGUUUGAAAAGAAAAAGCACCCUCCUCCUCUUGUAUGACGUUAAAAGCAAACCGUCCUGCCAAAUUGGAUCAUAUGGCAGUUCAUGUAAAAUGCAGUGAUGUUGCCAGUCUUGUCACACUUGCGUUUGUUUAUAGUGAUUAUACAAAUGUGUCAUAAUUAACAUGGCGCAUUUACCGAGCUUCAAACGAAACCUCUUCUCAGCAACAUCCCCUUUGAAUCAGUUUUAAUAAUGUAUUGAAAGUUAAAUGACUCUUUGAGAUAAAUAUGUUUUUUUUCCGAGCACAGUUCAGUUGUGACAUCUGCUAACCCUCAAGUGUGUUCAGACUUAUGUGUAUGUACAGUACAGUACUGUAUUUGUUCGAGUGCACGUGUGCCUGUGUGUUUGGCCACAGUGUGUGUGUUUUACAAACGGUGCUUGUACAGAUGUGUAUAUUUGUGUUUAUGUGUUUGAAGCCAAGUCUACAUGUGAAGAGUUUCAUUCCAAAAAUAUCACAUCAAUUCUUAGAAAAAUGAUUCUACUUUGAUAAAGUAUAAUAAAUAAUGCUAAUAUUUUUUGAUUACAUUAGCCUAAAGGAGAAUUUUCCCCAUCUGUCUUCCUUUGGGAACUUUGUGGCUUGUUGCCAUGACAUCUGCAGCUUUAAUGUUAGAGAUGUGUGGUGUAUACACUCAUCAAACACUUUAUUAGGAACACCUGUGCCGUCUAACGCAAUCCAACACAACAGCUCUGCCAUAAAUUCUGCUUUUGCGAAGCUUAUGCAUUCUCAGUUUUUAUUGUCAGAAGGGUGAUAAUUCUACUUUAUGUUUAUUAUUGAGGUCAUGAUGGAUGGUGGUGGUGUACUGGAGUGCAUUAUAUUGAAAAGUGUUCCUACUAUUUUGUCCAUCCUAUUUAAUAUACAUGACGGAGGCAAAAUAUUAGAAACAAUGUUGGUGUUCCUAAUAUUUUGGUGUGCAAUAGAUUAUUUUUAUUGUACGCAAAUUCCUUCAAAUGAGUUUUGUUGUAGAUUACAGGUACAGUUUGCUCUAUCAGCUACAAUAGCAAGUAAUUGUUGUACAGUGAUAACAAAACAACAGCACUACUCGCAGCCUUUAGUUUUGACAGCCUUAGCGUGAACAUAACAUCUUAAUUCUGUGGACAGUUUACACAUCUUUCACAAAUCCUAACUAAUCAAAUUGCGUACUUCACUCAGGUACUUCAUGAAAUCUUUCUAAAGCUUCUCUGCAGGCUACAUUGAGACAGAAAGUCUCUGCAUCCCUAUAUGCAAAAAACUUCAUCUUUCAUCCUUUCACCUCUUAACAGUUACAUUAUCCAUAUUCUUCUGCUGUGAAGUUGUGUCACUGCCUGCACCUGAAGGACUAGAAGAGAAAAGGGCCCUUUAGUGUUUUGGAAUGAAACUCUGUUUGUAGCUGUACUGUGUGUGUAUUCUUUUGUGGUGACAUUUUCUGUGCAGGAUGCAGUAUCUCAAAUAGAGAGAUUUUGUAUUUGGGUGGAAUUGUGCUCCUGUUUGCAGCGUGUGUGUUCUCUCUACCUCUUCCAAAGGACUUAGCCAUGAAUAUUAGUGUUGGUAAAAAAAGAAAAAGAAUUUGGAAAAUUCAGAACGUAAGCUGUUAAAGACAUAUCUUUAAACCUUUUUUUUUCUAUUUCUUGUGAUACAUUUUUGUGGUAAAUAUUUCCAGAAAUUGUAUAUUUUGUACAAGUGAAACAUUUGAAAUGUUUUAAUAUGAUUGUGUGUAUUUUGGUAGAAAUGUCUAUGAAAUUAUUUUUGUUGAGAUAUUGAAUUGACCUAUGCAAGAAAUC